UUUGUUUUGCUGUUGAAAUGUUUGCAUAUUGAACAAAGAUAUAAAAAUAAUAAAGGAAACUAUUUCGCGAAAAUAUUGUGGUAGAAAAGUAGAGAGCUAUGUCUGCUCAAGGGCCGUAUAUAACAGCAGCGGCCGUAGCUGCUGGUGUGCUAGGAGGUGCCUACUGCGCUUAUCGGGCUUAUGAACAAAUAAACAAAACGAGGUUACCACGACCAGAAGACUGGCGUCAAGUGGGUACGCUGAAGGACCUUUAUGUGUACCCUAUUAAGUCAUGUGCACCGCAGAAGAUACAACGAGCCGAAUGCACUCAAUUGGGUUUAAGGGAUGGGUGGUUGAGGGAUAGAAUUAUGAUGGUGGUCGACCAAAAGAAUAACUUCGUGACAGCAAGAAAAUACCCGGAAAUGCUUCUUGUACAUCCUACUGUGAGGAACUCCAUUCUUACGCUGACACAUCCUAAUAAGGAGACGAUUCAUGUUAAUUUGGCAGAGGUAAUCGCCCUGCAAAAGCCAGAGUUAGCUACUGUCUGGGGUGUUGAAGUCCCUGUGUUUGAUUGCGGCUCGGAUGUCAGCAAGUGGUUCUCCAGUUUGAUCAACCAUCCGACAGAUAAUUUUAAGUUGGUGUACUAUUCAUCAGAAAACUGUCGCACGCUAGGAGGUGGAAGCAUUCCAGUGAAUGCAAAUUUCAAGAAAGAUGAUACGGGUGCCCUGUCAGACGAGGUUCCUUUCAAUUUGAUCAAUCAAGCUUCAGUGGAUGACCUGAACGAGCGCUUGGAAGACUUGAAGGUAUCUCCAUGCAACUUUAGGCCUAACUUCGUUUUGUCUGGAACAGCCAAGCCGUAUGAAGAAGACAAUUGGAAGUUUAUCAAAAUUGGACAGAACAUAUUCGAAGUACUAAAGCCAUGCACAAGGUGCUUAUUUACUACAAUUGAUCCAGAAACUGGAGUACGAAAUGCAAAAGCUGAACCCUUUGAAACUCUGAAAAGUUAUCGAGUGACCGAAGACCCUGUGCUUCUUAAAGCAAUAGGUAACUCGCCCUGCAUGGGUCUACAAAUAUCUUUACGGUCAGGCUCCGGUGGACAAGUCGCACUUGAUGAGCCAAUCUACGUCGCUUAAAAUGUACACACGGCUGCACGUCAGGUUAACAUAAUAUGUCAAACUUCUGUAAUGAAUUUUAUUAAGGUUCGAAACAGAGUGGGGGAUUUUGAGUUUUGUAUAGUCUGACGUGUUGUUAUCUGUACUUAGUUUUGUUUAUGAAAAGUUUAUUAUUUUCAAAAUUAUUGUCAAAAUAUAUUCUUAAAUAAAAAUAUAUUGUUAAUAAACAAACUACUCUUAAGUUUAAGGGAUAAUAAAGGUUUUUAUGAUGGUU